AUGCCCGCUGCGCACUUACUCGCCUACUCGAUACCACAGUACGUAGCAGCACUGUCGGUCGUUCUGACCCGCUGCUGGGCUCGCUCCAAGCGUGGCCGACCAUACGGCUCGUUCGGAACCGACGACUGGGUGAUGAUCAGCGCGCUGGUCGGGCUAGGGCUGGGGAGUCGUGUCGAGCUACUUGAAGCCAACGCGGCUAUGUAUCGCCAGCUGCUCAUGUUUCGCUUUUUCCACCAGAUGUCGGUGGUAGUUGCGCUCGGAUUGGUAAAAGUGUCGAUAUGCCUCUUUCUCCAGCGCUUGGUAGCGACGAACAAGUCGUACUCUCGGGCUCUCUGGCUUGCCAUUGUGCUCAUGGUUAUCUUGACCCUCGUCAGCGUGGGGACGAUAUGCGUCCCCAUCACAGCGGCAUGGGACUACAGGUUGCGUCCGCCGCCGUUCGGAGUGGGCAACGCAAAGUGCUACAGCCGGAGCACUUUCACUAUCAUCGGGCUCGGAAACGGGAAUAUCCUGCUCGCCCUCCUGCCGAUCCCAAUCGUCAUCAAGCUCAAGGUCACAAUCCGCAUUCGUAUCUCACUGGUUCUGAUCCUCUCCUUUGGCGCGUUUGCGGCCAUUGCCGGCAUAGUGAGACAGACCAAGGCCAGUCCGCUUGAUGAGCAUGACGCUUAUUCGAUUUGGAACUUUCUCGAACUGCACAUGGGUAUGAUCGCAGCGUCCCUGCCAUCUCUCAAAAAGCCGCUUGCAGCCAUCUGGGGCACGAUUGCUGCGAGGCCUCAGGUACCUACUGGCGCAGCGAGAAUGUCAAGCCUUGGAGAUCUCACUAGCAAAGUGUGGCCGGGGUGGAAGGCUGUUAUCCGUCAUGGUUCACCGACUGAAAGCGGGCAUGAGCUGGUGGAGGCAAAUUCUUCUCCGGAAGUCAACCCUAAAAACAGCAGUGACGGUUUCUAA